UGAAGGAGACGAGACGGUGUUAGGAAAGACGGAAGCUAUAUGAACUGAAUUUGAAUCAGACCUGUAAAAUACACACGUCACCCCAACCCAUAUGAUAAAUUUGUCUGUUGCUGUGUUUCGGGGGCGAGUACUCAAAUGACUGGAUUAUUCGAGAAAUGGGUGGAGACAAUCGUGAGAUUAUAAAUACUUGUUGGGCUGCGAUUCGUUCCACCUUCCACACACUCACGAUCUGGCAAAUCCUCGACCAUCGCUGGGGCUUUAACGAAAGCAGUGUGUCAAACAACGGUGUUUACGCUGGAGCUCUGAAAAAAAGACAAGAGGUGCUCCGGUUAAGCCCUGCAUCAUCUUGACCAGAGAACGCAGGGAUCAUUUGCUUCAGUCUCUAAAGAAACAUUUUGUUUCGGGAGAGGGUACAAUUUGAUAGUACUUACAUGCUGCAGCCGCCAUCAGUCCUUCAUAAUAAUCUUUAAUCGAUGCAAAAUGGUGCAAAAUAAGAUCACCGAAGUGACUGGAUUCCAUCGCUCUUUCAAGGGCCCAAAUCCCUUUGCUGGUGAUGAAUUCACAAAUGGUUCCCUCCUUAAUUCAGACUUCAAUUUUGAUUUGUCAAAUAGACAUGAUAUUACCUCCAGCAAGCCUAUUGACAUCCCUGAUGCCAAGAAGAGAAAUAAGAAGAAAAAGCGUUGCAGGGCAACUGACAGCUUCUCUGGCCGAUUUGAGGAUGUCUACAGCCUGCAGUCAGAGGUACUUGGAGAGGGGGCUUAUGCAAGGGUACAGACCUGCAUCAACCUCAUCACCAAUAAAGAAUAUGCUGUCAAGAUCAUUGAGAAGAGACCCGGUCACAGCCGCAGUCGCGUCUUCAGGGAGGUGGAGAUGCUGUACCAGUGCCAGGGUCACAGAAACAUCCUGGAGCUGGUGGAGUUCUUUGAGGAGGAAGACAAGUUUUACUUGGUGUUUGAAAUGCUCAGAGGGGGUACAGUCCUGGCUCACAUCCACAGGAGACUACACUUCAGUGAGCAGGAAGCCUGCGUUGUGGUGCAGGACAUCGCCAGCGCUCUGGAUUUCCUGCAUAACAAAGGAAUGGCACAUAGAGAUCUGAAGCCGGAGAACAUCUUAUGUGAGCAUGCAGACAAAAUCUCGCCUGUGAAGAUCUGUGACUUUGACCUGGGUAGUGGGAUCAAGCUAAACAGCGACAGCUCUCCCAUCUCCACCCCAGAGCUCCUCACUCCAUGUGGCUCGGCAGAGUACAUGGCCCCUGAAGUGGUGGAGGCCUUCAGUGAGGAGGCCACAAACUAUGACAAGCGCUGUGACCUGUGGAGCCUGGGGGUCAUCCUCUACAUCCUGUUGAGUGGCUACCCACCCUUUGUAGGCCGCUGCGGUAGCGACUGUGGCUGGGAUAUGGGAGAACCCUGCCACACAUGCCAGAACAUGUUGUUUGAGAGUAUCCAGGAAGGGAAGUAUGAGUUUCCAGAGAAGGACUGGGCUCACAUCUCCUCAAGUGCCAAAGACCUGAUCUCCAAACUUCUUGUUAGAGAUGCCAAGAACCGCCUGAGUGCCGGCCAGGUUCUGCAGCACCCCUGGGUGCAGGGGGGAUUCUCUGACACACUGCCAACAUCCAUCCUACCUCAAAGGAGCAGUGCCAAGGACCUGACGUUCUUUGCUGGCAAGGCAGUGGCCAUGAACCGGCAGCUGGCUGAGCAGGCUGUGAUGGCAGAGCAGCAGCAGCUCGACGAGGCUCCCACUGUCAUCACAGCCUGCUCCACUUCCAUGCACCUCUCCCCUCCAUCCAACUCCAAGCUGUCCAAGCGCAGGCAGAGCCUGCUAAAGACGGGGCCUGUCUCUGCCGCCGAGCUCUGCCAGCUCCUCGCCCCCCUCGUCAUCACGUCAUCUGCCUGAAUCACCGCCUUUGACCAGCCGCACCCACUGAAUUGGAUCUCCAGAUGACCGUUCAGCCUGGCCCCUGCCUCGCCCUGGCCCCUGCCUCGCCCUGGCCCCUGCCUCGCCCUGGCCCCUGCCUCGCCCUGGCCCCUGCCUCGCCCUGGCCCCUGGCCCCAACUCAACCACACUUUCAUUGACUGCAGGCUUGUCCCCCUCUUUAACAGGAGAGACCGCUGCCAUGCCUGGCUCCAAAAGUAUAUUUCGGAGGGCAAAGAUGAAGAGCCGGCAGCCCAAAUGCACACAUGCCCAAAAUUCCUGAUCAGUGCAGCUCCACGUAUGCGUCCUCUAUUAAUUGAAAUGUGAUGGCAGUUGGAGAAAUGGCUUGAGCUGCGCUGAGAAUUAGAAAAGUACAACACUGCUGUGUACACUUUGGACUCUGUUAAAUGCUUCACUGCCUUCUGCCCCAUAGCAGCACUUGUAAAGCACAUUAGCCAGGGCCUGCAUACAUGGCACAUCCAGGCUGAGGGGGGGGCCCUUUUCAAGCUGUUUUUCUUUUGAGUCUAUGGCAGAACGGUUGAACCAAGCUCAGACGCCUGUUGUGCUGCUUCCGCAUGUUAUAACUGGAUCCACUGUGAAUGAAGUUUAUCUGGAAUGUUCUCCAUGUCUGAAUGUCCCAUCAGCAGAUGCAUACACGCUGAUGCAAUGGCCAACAUGAAGGGUUUUACAUGUGGAGGUAUUCAGUGGAAAGAGUUCAGAAGGCUGGAAGCCAAUGCUGCCAGUGUCUGUCGCAGUCCAUUGUUUGGAUAAAUUCCUCUUCAACUGAGCCUCCUCUGUGGAAGGUCUAAGCCCACAGUACAAAAUGUUGUGGCUGUGCCCAUGAGCCUCUAGUACCAGAGAAUGUAUCUAUAACCAGCCCUUAUUACGCUACAAUGCAGUUUCAUAGAUGACAUGAAUUAUGCCAAACUACCAAUCGCCAUGCAUCAUUCAAUUUUCAUCUAUUCUUUCUGAUAUCAGGGAAUUCCUCCUGAAUUUCUACAAUGCAAUAGGGGUUGAAUGAAAUGUUGCGCCUGCCUCUGCGGAAGGUGCUUUAUGCACUAACCUAAAGUUCUUGGCACAUGCAACUCAUUUGAUACCAGAACAUGAACUUUGUUGUCCUGAUGCUACCCUCAAUAAACAUGGAGCAGGAAAAUUGCAAAUUUGGUUCCCCAUGCCAAAGCUUCCCAUGCCAAAUUGUGUACUAAGUGUUGUCAUCAAACCAUAAGAUGUAUUAAUGUAAACAUCUAAAGUUAUUUGACUGCUAUGUAAAGGAAAUAUACCAUGGCUGUCAUAAUAAUCUGUCUAAUUUAGCAGAGUUAGAAAUGCUAAUUUUAGCCGACGUGACUUGGCUAAUGUAUUUGGAUUUGUUCAGGGUUUAAUCAGGCUUUUCUGUUAAGAGGUUAACCUACUAUUGACCUUGAUAAUGUGACACCCUCAGAAUGAUUCCAAAUUGCAUCACAACUGCAAAAACCUCAUUUUGGGAGAAAUAAUUAGCAUUUAACAUGGUGACGGAGAUGAUGGAAAAGUCUAAAUGGCAUAGCAUUCCAGAAAAGUCUUCCGAGGACAUGUAGCUGUAUUGAGUUAUUUAAAAAGUUAACUGUUUAACUGUGCCACUUUUUUUUAAUUAUUUUUUUUACACGUGUUUUUAAGCUUUUAUUUUUCGACAUUAACCUCAUGCAGGUGCUGUUCAAUUGUUCAGGUGGAACACCAGAUGUUCCUUUUUUUAAAGUGUGAAGUUUUAUCUGGAGCUAAAUUAAUGCCCAGUGACAGUUAUUUUAAUGUUAUUUUGUAAUGCGAAAGUGUUGGCAACAAUCUGUUUGGAAACCAGUGGCUGUUAGGAAAUUGACAAAUUAUAUUAGUGAUGGGUUCUCAAGACACUAGCCAAUGCCAAAAAGUCAUGAAUACAAGUGACAACGUGCGUGUUCUCAUCACCAAGGAGUACAACGACUAAACUCAUGACUGUCCAUGUGGUGUUACCACUACUGCAGUUUGUUACCACUACUGCAGUUUGGUUAUCUUGGAAGAAAUGGCUCCCUUAGUGUCAAAAGGCCCAUUCUGCUGAUUCAUGGGACACUGAUUGUGAUCUUUCUGAAACCUUUCUACCAAUGUAUGUUUCUGGGGUUUUAUGUCUUAUAGUAAGACUUACUUGAAUUUGUGUAUGCAGCUGUUCUUUGUUUGGGGAAACUAACUUGCUAUUAAGAAUCUGAGAAAAAGCAUUAAGCUGCGUAAGGCAUUUUUGGGGGGUUUAUGAAAAUGCCUUUUCAAUUGAGUUUCUGCCUGCCUUUUAUUUUUUUCUAUCAGACAAGUGUCUCCCUAUUUUGUUAGGGUUGUGAUUCUCCGAAAUGCACAGAUGUAGUACUUACAUCUACGGUGUGUUCUUAGUCAUAACCAUUUCUACUUUUGCACAACGCAGUAGUUUUGGACUUUCUAAAUGAUAUUGCAACAAUGUGUAAAAUGAGACCAACUGGACAGUCAAUCCCCCACUAUUUGAAUGGUGCUCACAGGGAACGCAUUUAAGAUUUGAACAACAUUGGAACAUAUGUAUACAUCUUUCAGUCCGAGGGAGGUAACGUAAAUGUUUAUCUACGUGGUUCUCUACUCAAGCCUUCUCUUUGGAGUUGUUGCCCCUUGUUUUUAACUCUUUUUGUCCCAGCCCAAAAUAUUAACAGGAUUUUUAUUUUAUUUUUUACAAAUCAUACUUCUGAGACAUUGAAUUGAAAUAAGCACUUUACUGUAACAUGGGACUGAUUUGCAGUUCACGCAAAGAAACAUGACUUGCAGAAUUUUAUUGUUUUUUUUUCUAAAUACAAUAAAUUGCUUUGAACAAGUA